AUGUUAGGCGGGGUUAGUCGAAGGACGGAGAAGGACGGCCGGGACUCGGGGAAGUUGGACGAAUUAGCCGAGGUUUGUCGACCGUCGAUCGCACGAUUUGGUCAAUCAUAUGCGGGGGCGAUCCAACAGAUGAAAUCAGAAGCUUUAGAACGGCCCUACUAUGACACUAUAACACGUUUGGAAUCAAGUGAAUCCACAAACUUACGAGAUGCUGUAGCCGUUCAUACGGUUGCCAUCAAGGCUAGGGCAGAACUCCUAAAGGAACCAGAAUGGCGCUAUGGAUACGAUAUAAACUUACUCCUACAAGAUCCAUACAAGAGUGCACAUCUGCCGGGACAACCUCCUCCUUCCUCCAAAAAAUGGCAAUCAUCUCUGCUUCUGAGAGCUGCUAAAGCUGCACAAUCGGUCCUUUCAAAUGACUCAUUCUUUGAGAAUCUCACAAUCAGAAAACCUAGAAUUGUGGAUAACUGGCGACCUUCACAAGGAGAAUGUGUCGAUACAUCACCCUUUUCAGCUGUGUUGAUACGUCAAGUGGUAAACUAUAAGGUGAUCGUUGAUGAACUGCGGCUAACUUUGCCGUGGUCACAAACCAUGUCGUAG